CCCACACACUGAAUAUUUUCUCAAACCCUAAUUGUCUUUCUUUCAUUCUUGUGCAAGUUUGUAGUGAUGGUGAAGAAGCUUUUAUCCAAGAAACCAAAAAAAAUAAAAAGUGUCAUCAAUGAAGACGUAGUAACAGAGAUCCUUUUGAGGCUGCCAACAAAAUCCAUCUUCAAGUUCAAGAGCACCUCCAAAACAUGGCUCAAAAUCAUAAAUGAUCCAUGGUUUGCUAAUACUUAUAAAUCCUCUAAUGGUCUUCCAGUUCUUGCAGGUUUAUUCCAUGUAAAUUACAACUAUGAAUUGAAAUUUAAUCCAGUUAACCACCGUCUCAAGUCACCAUCAUUGAACCAUCUCCCUCUUGAUCUGAAAGACCUCUCAGUAACUGACAUGCUUUCUUCCAAUGGAUUCUUUCUCUUGUGCACAUCAGAUGAUGAGAAAAUAGUGUACAACCCAGUCACCAGAAGAAGAUUGAUGAUACCAAAAAUGGAAAGAACCAAUGAUUGGUACCAUGCAUUUGGCUUGAUACAUGAAAAUGAUAAUCAUAUCAAAGUAGUAUUUGCUUACAAGCUUGCAUCAGAUGACAUACAAACGGCAUUAGAAAUUCAUAGGUUUACACGAGACAAUAAAUUGGUGGGCAGAGAUGAAUUGCCACAGCAUUGGCCGGAAUUGAUUGUCAAAUGGCAAUGCAAGACAAAGGACAUUGAGUUCAAGGUAUAUUGUAGCAAGAAGAAAGAGUGGAAUUCUAAGAUUUUGGUGAGCACGUUUCCAAGACAUGUAUGUUUUGAGCCGGAACAGCAGGCUGGUGUUUCGAUCGGAGGCGAUUUGUAUUGGAUGACACUGGAUGGAUCGGUGCUGGAUUAUAACAGUGAGCGUGAGGCGGCGGAGUUGAUCAGUGCACCCGUGGCAAGCGAAGGAUUAAAGGCGAAGUCUCUGCAUUGCAGUGCCAAUGGGAUUCUUGUGUAUUGCGCGUGCGACAGGAAAACAGAAGAGGUGGUGAUAUGGGAGCUCAUCGAUCGGAAAAUAUGGGCUGCAAAGAAGAGGGUGAAGUUGCAUGGUGUGGAACAUCUCCAUAUGGAAAUGAUUUUGUAUGUUUGUCAUGAAAUGCAGGCCUUGUUCUUUCAGACAAGGGCGAAGGAGGUGUACAGGUUUGGUGUCAGUGAGGAGAAGUUGGAGCUGAUUUGUCCUCUUAGCUUGAUUGGUGAUCAGGUGACUCCUUAUAUGAUGUCUCCAUGGCCUGCUGCUUUAAAUGGGGAUGAAGCAUGGCCUUCUUCUUCUUCUUCAUCUGAGAACAAAGAUAGUGGAUCAAAGGAUAGAUGA